GCUGAGAGGUAGCAAACAGAAAAGUUGCUAUUACAGCAAAAUGGCAAAAGCUAAAGGACUCGUUUUCAAACAUAUGCUGAGAUUUAAGUAGAAACAUAAUUGAUUGGGUACUAGCUCUCUAUAGUAGGUAAAUAAAAAUAAAAAGACUUGGCACUUUUAAAAGGUAACUUUACCAAAGAACAAAGAGCCAGUAACCAAUAAUUCUGAUUUGUCUCAGCAUUGCGUCUUCUGUACUCUUUAUUUUUGCCGGACCAGUUUGCGGUUAAGAGAAUGUGCCUUUUUUGUACAUUUGCAUUUAGGUUUUAUAAUUUUAAUUGAUGUAUGGACACAAAAGCAUGAAGGAAGACUUGGAUCCAAGCAGUGCCACACUUUACAUCAUCACUACAAGUGUUAAGUGUAAAGAAAACCAAUUUUGAAACUAUGAAAUUCCUGAUUCAUAAAUACACAGUUAUUUGUACUUCACGUAUUAGAUAAUUCACUGCUACUAAAGCUUUUUAUUACAAUUGCAUAUGUUUUAAAUUGAAUGAUAAAUUAAGUUGUCUUCCAAAACUGUGUACUUCUCUGGUCAGCUGUAUAUGAUCAGUUAUCUACCUCAAAGUUUAUUUCCUUUUGUAUUGGGACAGGUUGCUGGCCCUCCCUGUUUCCACAGACCAAAUCAUCCUAGCUCGGGAGCUAGGGCUAAGCAGUUGUUUCUUUCAAGUAUUUUUUAGUUUUUAAAUUUUGUGUGAGUAUUGGAGUAUAGAUGUCGGUGACAUUUCAUAGUUUCAAAAGUAAAUUGCUGCUCUGAGAAGUGUAGAUUCUAGUGAAAUGCAUAGUCAUAAGAGAUGUGUUUUUGUUUUUUCUUUUUUUAAAAAGUUGUGGUAUUAUUGGUUCUAUGCUCCCUGGAAUAUUACUGCUUUGUAAAAGUCCAGACUUCCUGCAGCACCUUGCCUGUAUUUGGUAACUUUCCAAACCUGGAUCUCUCACUACUUGCUAUUUUUGCAUUAAUUAAAAACUGCAGUAUGAUAGCUGUGUUAGAGGGAGGGAAGAGCUGCUGCCAGAAAUGUCUGAACUAAGUGCCAUACUCAUUGUCUGGGUAAGAUUUGGGAAAUUUAACCUCUGUACAUAAAGAAAUAAUCAGUUACUUAAACAUCACAUAGUAGACAGCCAUUAAAUUAUAAAAAAUUAAUUUAUGAAGAAAGACCUUUUGUACAGAUUGAAAAAAAAAAGAUUUUCAUAGAGAUAUCUAUAUGAUCAAGAGAGUUAAUUUUUUAUUUUUGUUUUACUAGUGCCACAAACUUGCCAGUGGUAACUUAUUUGUCCGGUUCAAGAUAACUCUGUAGUUUUGUUUCCUAGGACUUGUUGUUAAACGCCAAAAGACAUUUUUGAACUGUAAAUUUGAUUAGAUUGUUAGCUUUUUCUGUUUUAUUUCUUUGAAAACUUUUGAAUAAAAAAGAUCCAAAAAAACCAAAAAUGUAUCGUCUUUUUCCUUCAGACCUUCCUUUACUGGGGGAAAACCCAAACAGGUUAUGGUAAAACUUCUGUAUUUAUUUUGGGAUGUUUGGAAUUGCUUUCUGCUUGACAGCCUGGGUUUUUUUCUCCUCUAUCUUUUGUCAAAACCAAAUAUUAACUCUUUCACACCACACUACAAAGUCACUAAUUCUUUCCAACAAAACAGGGAAAGAUAUAUGAAAAAUAUAUGAUGAGAUGUCAGAUUUGGAUGCAAGAACUCUGUUCUGCUGUGUGUCAGCCCACACAGGGAGUGGUGUGUAACCAGGCUUGCGUGCUGUGGCUGUAAAUGCCAUUUUCCAGAGGUAAGGUUGGAGGUGUCUUUAUGUAAUAUACUUUUAUUGCGUAUAAUAAAAGUCAUUACCAACUAAUUUGUUCAACAUCGACUCCAUCCUCUUCCAUAGAACCUGUUUUGAACCCUACUUGCAAACUUGCUGUUAAUUAUGUUUUUACCUCUUAACAAAUAUGGGUAUCAGAUUAAUGUGGGAUGAUUGGUACCAAUAUAAAUGUUUUGUGCAAGAUCAUACUCCAACCCUGUUGUUUUUUGGUUGUUAGUGAUUACACAGUAGCCUUUCUUUAGGCACUGAACAUAAUUUUUUAUCUUUCUUCAUUUUCUGAAUUAGCUACUCUGAGCAGGUGCCAGGCAAGUGCAAGCAAUGCAUUAACAAGGAGUAUAACCAAGUGCUGUUGAGCAACUGAGCCUUGCUAAUGACUGCACAUUUUGGGCUAGAACAGAGUAAGUCAAAGUAGUCUAAAGCACUUUGCUGAUACUGUGUGUUAGCUUUUCAGGGGGAAAAAAGUUAGUAAGUGCUGUUUUGCUCUCCUCUUCUAGCUUUAAUUUAUGCCAUGGUACCUCCACCAUACCAGACAAAGUCAUGAUUGACUAAAACUGUGCCACCUAAUCUUCCACAGAAACAUCAGAAAUGUGUUUUAUGUGCCAGAAUAUUUGUAUGGGUUUGUACUCCUACUCCUCCUGUGCACACUUCACUGCACUUGUUCCUUUUGCUGUAGUCAACCACUCCAAAAUUUUUUGUGAACUUCCACAUGUGUUGGAAUAAGAUAAUCUAUCCUGUCCAGCAGUGCUUUCUUAUGAAAGCCAGUGUGUUGUUUGGUGGCAUUUAAGACGUGUUACCUUCCAAACGCUUGCCACACUGACGUACUCUUUCAACUGCAAAAGAUCAUCUGUAUCCUUCCCCCGCCAACAAAUUCUGGCAUUGAUUAACCCAAACAAAUCUGAGGCUUUUGGCUUUCAGACUCAGUCCAUUAAUUCUUUCCAGAAUAGGGGUUAGGAUAUACAAAACCUAUUCUGUUUGGCAACUUCUCUUUCAGUGACUAAGAAAAGCCAAGCUGAUGUCAGAACAGCAAAGAUUUACCGAGCAGUGAUCAGAGGGAGGGUGUAAAAGCCUGCAUGUGGAAUGAGUCAGUCUUUCCUUUUCAGGACAGCUCUAACCACAUCUACCAUCUGACAAAUCUGUGCAGCCCACUUCUAUAGUAAAGAAGAAAUCAUAUCACAGGAAAAUACUACUGGGGUGUUUUUCCAUGUCCAAGAAGAAAGGCCAGCUUCUCCACAGGCAAGCCUUAACUGUUUAAGCUUCACUGCAAUACAAAGGGAUUUUUGGAGCACUGAAGGAAUGAAGUGCUCCCCCAGCUCCUUAACUACUGCCCAGGGAAAUGAUGUGAACACUGAGCUGCCUCUGCUCUUUAUGCCUGGCUUCCCACCCAGUUCCUUGGGAGAGUAUUACAGCUGCUUGCUGCUCUGAUUUGUAACCCAGCUGGCACUGAUACUUCCUUGUGCAUUCCCUAAGACACUUGGUGAGCCUGGAGAAUCCACAGAGAAAACUGAAGUUUGUAGGAGCAGGAUGGUGGAGUGCUUUUAAAACAGAGGCUUGACUUUAGGGCUGGUGAGAAGCAAAGCAGCUGCCAUGUGGAAAAGAGAAGCUCUCAGUGAUCCUGCAGAAAUCUGGGCUGUGGUGCAAGGAUGUCUGCAGUGCCAGGGAAUCUGCUCUGCACACGAGAAAUGUUCAAGUGCACCGGGGAGCAGCAGCCAGCACUGAAAACGAAUGGGGAUUGAAUUGCUUUGCCUCUGUUUCCUAUUUCUGCAAAGAAAUAACUAUGUGCAAGGGACCUGUUCUCAGGAAAGCACAGUGACUUGUGAAGAUUGUUUGCUUUCCGGACCACACUGCGCUUGGUGUUCGCAAGAGAAUUACACAGACUCGUCUGGAAUUCAUGGGAGGUGUGAUACCCUGGAAAACCUUUUGUCCAAAGGAUGCCAGCUGAAUUUGAUUGAGUUUCCCAUUUCAGAAGUAGAAAUUCACAGAAAUGACCCCCUAACUGCAUCAUCCCAGAAGAACAGUUCUGAUGUCACACAGAUUUCUCCCCAGAAAUUAACUCUGAGGCUGCGACCAGGACAUGAAGAAACAAUACAGAUUAAGGUUCGCCAGACUGAAGAUUAUCCAAUUGAUCUCUACUACCUCAUGGAUCUUUCAGCUUCCAUGGAUGAUGAUCUGAAUACAAUCAAAGAACUGGGUUCAACUCUUUCCAAAGAGAUGUCAAAACUGACAAGCAACUUUAGACUGGGGUUUGGAUCUUUUGUUGAAAAACCAGUUUCACCAUUUAUCAAAACUACAGCUGCAGAAAUAAACAACCCUUGCAGAAGUGUGCCAUACGAGUGCUUACCCACCUUUGGAUAUAAAAAUGUUUUGCCACUAACAAACGAUGCUGAAAAAUUCAAUGAAAUUGUGAAAGGGCAGCGAAUUUCUGCUAAUAUAGACACUCCAGAGGGAGGAUUUGAUGCAAUUAUGCAGGCAGCUGUUUGCAAGGAAAAAAUUGGCUGGAGAAAUGAUUCUCUGCAUUUGUUGGUGUUUGUGAGUGAUGCUGAUUCCCAUUUUGGGAUGGACAGUAAACUGGCAGGGAUUGUUAUUCCUAAUGAUGGGAACUGUCAUUUGGACCACAAUAAUGAGUAUUCCAUGUCAACUGUUCAGGAGUAUCCAACAAUUGGACAAUUAAUUGAGAAACUCGUGCAAAACAAUGUUCUAUUAAUUUUCGCUGUAACAAAUGAGCAAGUUCACAUAUAUGAGAAUUAUGCAAAGCUUAUUCCUGGUGCUACUGUUGGACGACUACAGAAAGAUUCUGGAAACAUUCUCCAGUUGAUCAUUGCUGCAUAUCAGGAGCUGAGGUCUGAGGUUGAAUUGGAGAUCCUGGGAGAGACGGAAGGGCUCAAUCUCUCCUUCACGGCCAUCUGUAACAAUGGGACCUUUUUUCCACAUCAGAGGAAAUGCUCUCACGUGAAAGUGGGAGAUACAGUCUCUUUCAAUGUGACUGUUAGUCUCUCUUCUUGUGAAAAAACCAGAAGGCUUAUCAAGAUAAAACCUGUGGGCCUCAGCGACGUGCUGGAGAUGGAAAUCCAUCCCCUGUGCAGCUGUGACUGCCAGGCCAAGGCCGAGGAGAAGAGCCCCAAGUGCAGCCAAGGGAAAGGCUCCCUGGAGUGCGGGGUGUGCGUGUGCAGCCCCGGGUACGUGGGGCCGCGCUGCGAGUGCCACGAGAGCUCGCUGGGGACCAGCUCCUGCCGGGGCCCGGCCGAGCAGAGCUCCUGCAGUGGGAGAGGCGACUGCUACUGCGGGCAGUGCCUGUGCCACCCGUCCCCCUACGGCAAGGUCUACGGGCCCCGCUGCGAGUGCAACGACUUCUCCUGCGUCAGGCACCGCGGCCUGCAGUGCGCAGGCAAUGGUGACUGUGACUGUGGGGAAUGCAGGUGCCACAGUGGAUGGACCGGUGAAUACUGUAAUUGCACAACUGAUACCAGCACCUGCAUUGCUGAGGAUGGGACGCUGUGCAGUGGGAGAGGUGAAUGCAUCUGUGGGACAUGUGCUUGCACCCAUCCAGGGGCUUCGGGCCAAAUGUGUGAAAAAUGCCCUCUCUGCGGUGACCCCUGCAGUUCCAGAUGGAGCUGUGUGGAAUGUCACUUGGCUGCUGAUGACAAGUCACUGGGAGAUUGCAGUGAAAAAUGCAAAUUGGUUGAUGCAACUGUCAGCAUGGCAAAAGAUUAUUCAGAGGAUAAAUCCAUUUCCUGCUCUUUGCAGGGGGAAAAUGAAUGCAUAACCACAUUUCUACUGGCUGUGGAUGAACAGGGAAGGACAGUCAUUCACAACAUAGAACAGAAAGAUUGUGCACAGCAUCCAAAUAUCCCAAUGAUAGUGGUGGGUGUCACCCUUGCUAUCCUCCUCAUUGGCAUUGUUUUGCUUUGUAUAUGGAAAUUGUUGGUGUCACUUCAAGACCGAAAAGAGGUGGCCAAGUUUGAAGCAGAAAAAUCCAAAGUUAAAUGGCAAACGGAAACAAAUCCACUGUACAGAGGCUCAACAACCACUUUUAAAAAUGUGACUUACAAGAACCAAGAUCUGCAUAAAAGACCCAUGGCUGCAGACUUCUAUUAGCACCUCCAACACUACAAACUUAAUUUUACUGGCAGGAAUCUAAAUCUAAACUUGUUUCUUCUCAGCUGAUUAUGUGAUAUUUGUUUACAAAUUGCAGUGGUAUAACCAUUCUGUUAGAGAAUAUAUAUCUUGUGUUGGGACAAAUAAAGAUAACAUAUUAGUAGUAAGGGUUAGUAGAAAUAUUUUUUUAAAUGACCCUUUAUUGUUACAGGCCCCAUAUUUUAAAAAUGGCAUCACAAAUAAUUUUAAUUUUGUCAUUAAUACUGAGGAUUCUAAAUUAUCAUGUAAACUUAUUUUUUGUUAAAUUAGAUAUAUACAGUGAACUUUAUACUACUUUGUCCAUACACAUAAUCCCAUAAAUUAGUGUUUAGGAAUGUAUUUGUACCAGUCUAUUUGGUGGGCUGGUUUAAAUUUAGAAAAUAUUUUGGUUUUUUAAUGAAUGCAGUUUAAACUACUGAGGAUUGAGCUUUCUCAUAUCACCUGUGUGAAUGAAUAGUUUCUCACCAGAAAAAAAAGUAGUGAUAUUGCCCAUCUUCUGUAAAUGUAAGUUAUACAGAAACAUUUCUUCUCUAAUUCUUCUUUCUUGUCCUGUUUCUCUCUUUCUUUUCCUUGUUGCUCUUUGAUGUUCUUUAAGGACCUAGGCCCUGGGAUUAUCUCAGGGAAAGUUAAAUCAAGCCAAUCAAGCCUUAUUCACUUGCAGUUGUUUUCUGCUCCAGACACAGACUGCUUUUUUUUUUUUUCUUUUGAAUUCUAGUAAAAAGAAUACAGAGGAAAAAAUAUUUGUAAAUUAGAGACCCCAGUAGACACAGUUUUAAACCAGAGGAUUAGCAGAACUCCAUUUCACCAUUUACAUCCUGUAAAUGAUUUGGGUGCUCACAAUACACCUCACAUGCUGGGCCAUCACACAAAGUGGAUCAGGAGCCCUUUUCAUGCAGAAAUAUUCACACAAAAGGUUUAUUACCACACAUAAAGACAGUAAUUUUUGUUGAUAUGUCCAUAGUUGUGAGGUUUUUUCAAUGCCCAGCAGCCAAACUGCUUAUUCUUGUGCAUAAUAACAUAUUCACUUCUUUUGGGCUGAGUUGUUUGGUUUUAGGUUUGGUUUGGUUGUUUUCCCCUCAAACUAAACAACAAAAAGAUCUAAGGAUUUCACUUAAUAUUCAUUUCCAUUAUGUUAAUGAGGAAUUUUAAAUCUCCAUUUUAGCUAAUAAAAAAUGAAUUGCAAUUUUUAAUUGUAAUCUGUUAGUAUGCAUAGCACUGGAUAAAGAAACUAUAAAAGUAACUAACAUGCUGACAUAGAAAAAUUACAAAUUGGACUACUUUAAGAUAACAAUAAUGAAUUUUAUUUUUAAUAUCACUUUUCAGCUGCAUUUUUUGCUAUUUUGAAAUAGAUGGUCAAAAUGUACAUAUGAAGGUACUUAGAAAUCAAAGGUACUUUGGCACUGUUACAAAUAAUCACAUACAUUCCCUAAGGUAAAUAGGGAUUUUGAUCUGAAAAAGUAUUGAUCUGAAUGUAUUUGAUCUGAAAAAGCUGUUGUCCAUUUUGUAAUAAAUAUUUACCAAGUCUGUGCAACUUCAGUCUCCAUAUCCUCCACAAUAUCUGGAACUGAGACUGGUAUAUUAGCUAGCUCUGACCCAUGCCUGUUUUAGGGCCUGAUCCAAAGCCUACUGGAGUCAUUGGCUACAGAUGUGGAUCUAGUUUCAGUGAAACUAUUAGCUUUGGUUUACAAAGAUUGUUUUGUUUAAACAAACUGAUUAAUACUGUCUAUUAGUGAAUUAGAACCUAUAUACAUGUAUCUGUGCAAAAAGAAAUAGUAUCAGAUGCCUUUGGAAAGAAGGCGAUGCUAGAACCACCAAAAUUAUAGCAGUGCAAUGGAAAUGAUGGCUGUGAUUAAACUGGAACAGAUUCACAUCUGUGUUCUGGUAUUCCUGCACAUCUCACAGUUGAAACUGCACAGAUAAAGGCUCACAUCUGUGGCUCUUCCAACCACUAGAUUUCCACAGAUGUCAGUUCAAGUUACACGUGGGACCAAAUCCUGUUUCCCUGGCACAUGGAUAAACUCAUGGCAUGCAAAGCUGGCCCCUGAGUCUGCUGAGAUUCCACUUGGGUGAAGGUUGCCUAAGGGACUAGGGAAAUCUGGAUUCACCCAUGUAGGUUAUCUGUUACUCUUCUAUUUCUCAUGUAGAAGUCAUCAAAUUAUAAACUUUCUCCAAAAUAAAUGAAAAUAUUUUUAUUACUUUUCAAGUCAUAAAAAUCUAUCCUGUUUAUUAAAUGCCUUUUAAAUUCUGUUUCUAAAAUCUGAUUUUGCUGCUCACUAUUAGGGCUGAAAGCUUUUCUCCUGUAGGCUGCCCAUUUCAAUAUUCCACCAUAUCUCAGCCUUCAAAUGUUAAUAACAAAGUGGUGUUUGCAUUUCAUGUCAAAUGCUUGGUGCUCUACAUUCCCUGUUCCUACAGUAGAUUUCAUUUCCCAAACCUUCUCACCCUCUUCCCAUCGCUUGUGUCUUCUGAUUAUCAGCAGAGAUCCAAUUUGUUAUGUUUAAAGUCCAAUUGCUCCUCCUAACAAUCUCUCUCUAAAUUAUCAAAGAUCUACAGGAGCCAGGCAGGAUGAUUUGCAGUUUCCCUGCUGUGACUGACUGUACUAUACAUUUUCUGUGCACCUUCCAAGUUGUCAGGAUGGAAAUCACUCAAACAAUUAAGAAUUCAUCAGAAGAGAGAAAAUAGAAGGACUUGGUGAGGAAGUUUUCUAUUAUUGAGGGGUAUCAACUCGACUCAUACAUAUGAGCCGUCCUUUAGCAGCAUUAAUUUAGAUCAUAAAUUUUGAGUAAACCCCCAGAUUUCAAGAACUUUGAAGAUCUCACUUGGCAUUCACCCCAGAAACAAGAGUGGUAUUCAUCCAUUUUUAUUAACUAUAUAAUUUUCAUUUUGUAGAAUUUUUAUCAAAGUUCAUGUUUUUCUCUUUUUAAUUUUUUUUCCUCCACCAAGCUAUAAGUGAGUUUGUGUGUGGUAAGUGGGAUGAAAAAGUCUUUCUGCUGUUUUCAAAACCACUGUUUUGACCCGAGGCUGGACCUUGGGAUUGGCCAAAACAUUUUUUAAUAAAAAUACUUCUAUUCACUAAUGGGUUAAAUUGAAUAAAAGAAUAAUCAUCAGCAAUUUUAUGGUAUUUUUCUCUCCCAUACACCCUAUAGAAUAGUAAUUUCAGUAAUGUAUGUUAAAUGGAUAAUUUUUCAUUUGAUUAAUAGAAGGUGCAUGAAAUUUUGUAUUGUAAAUGUCCAGAUUGCAUUUGUUUGUUUUGUAAUGUAACUAGUGGGUAGUGAGUCUGGGAUACGAGAUUUGGGUGUCAAGUGCAAUACUCUCCAUGCCUCAUCUGCCUUUAUGUAGAAGUUCAAGUUUAUUUUGCAGUGUGUACAACAGAGUUAUUGCCCCCCAAAACUUACCACAAACAAUCUAAAAAUAAAAAAAAGACAAAAUUUAGCUUCAUCUAUUUGAAAGAAACCAGUAAAGCAUUCAACUUGUUUGUGUAAAAAGGAGUUAUUUGACCUUGAAUAAAGAUUGUAAAAUAGAAUCAUUUUA